AUGUCCUCUUGCAACAGCUCCAUCCCUCAGCCCUUGGUAUUUGUCCUGGCUGGAAUUCCUGGACUGGAAUCUUCCCAUGGCUGGUUCUCUGUGCCUUUUUUCUUGGUAUUUGUUGUUGCUGUCAUUGGCAAUGCCACCGUUUUAUGUAUCAUCAGGGUGGAGAAGAGUCUUCACGAGCCCAUGUUUCUCCUCUUGGCCAUGCUGUCAGUUGUUGACCUGUCUCUUGUCAGUGUCACUGUGCCCCGCAUGCUGGGUAUCUUCUGGAUGAAUGCCAAGGAAAUCAGCUUUAAUGCCUGCCUCACACAGAUGUUUUUCAUCCCAUCAUUUUAUGUCAUGGAGUCUGGGGUCCUUCUGGCUAUGGCUUUUGACAGAUUUGUGGCUAUCUGGCAUCCUCUGAGAUAUACAACUGUCCUUAGUAACAACCUGCUUGUGAAGAUGGCACUGGCUGUCCUGGCAAGGGCAGUGGCAGUGCUGACCCCAGCACCCAUCCUGGUGAAAAGACUGGAAAGCUUCCAAACUCACAUCAUUGCAUACUCAUACUGUGCCUACAUGGCUGUGGUGCAAAUAGCCUGUGGAGACAUCUCUGAUCACAUUGUCUAUGGCCUAAUGGUUAUUGUAGCAUCUGUGGGAUUUGACCUGUUUUUUAUCAUUCUGUCAUAUGGCCUGAUCCUUCAUGCUGUCUUUCGGAUACCCUCUUGGGAGGCACGGGGCAAAGCUUUCAGCACAUGUGGCUCUCAUCUUUGUGUCAUUGCUCUCUUUUAUUCCCCUGUUAUCUUUUCUGUCUUGGCCCAGAUUUUAGGCUAUCGUAUGGCUCCCCACCUACAGAUUAUCAUUGACAAUCUCUACUUCUUGGUGCCUCCCAUGAUCAACCCUUUGAUUUAUGGGGCUCGGACCAAGCAAAUGCGGGAGUGGGUGCUACGAAUCUUCCAUUGUCAAGGAGAUUGA